AUGACUGUACACAAGGAGCCCAUCAACGUCCGACCCGCCAGUCAACAACGGCACUCGUCGAGCACCAUGGCCGGCUCGCUCCCCAAGAACCGCCCGCACUCGCACUCGAUAUCCGCCGCCAACCUCAACCCGGCGCAUCGCGUCACACGCCGGAAGAGCAUGAGCCAGACGCCUGCCUCCAAUGUCGCGGCCAUUGCUGCGGCGGCCAAGGGCAUGUCAGGGGCGCCGCUCGAGGGAGGCAGUAGCAAUGGCCCGCGCCGCUCGUCCAAGCCGACAUCGCAGUUCCGGGGCCCCAGCAUGGCCCUCCACUCCACAAUGGCGUCGAGCAUGCCCGGCAAUGGCGCGCAGUUUGGGCCCAGCAGUUACGGUGCGGCGGCGGCUAAAAGCGAGGCUCUCACCGACGGACCGACACUCGCAACCAUGUUGGAGCAGGACAAGGCCAACUCCAAAUCGCGGAACCGUCGCGCGAGCGAGGGCUCUCGCCUGUCCAAGGGCGACGGCAAGCGAAGUGGUAGCGAUCUGAGAUGUGAAAAAUGUGGGAAAGGCUACAAGCACAGCAGCUGUCUGACCAAGCACCUUUGGGAGCACACGCCUGAAUGGCAGUACACAUCUAAGCUGCUCAUCUCCAAGCACCAGCAGGUCCAGCUGCUCGAGGCCGCCUCGGUCCUCGUCGCCAUGAACAAGGAGAGCGACGGCGAGAACAGCGACCGCUCGUCCCCGCCCGCCUCGGGUUCGUCUGACCUGCGUGAGGAGUUGAGCUCCACUGAAACUACCCCGCCCCCGCAACUCGACGACCAUGCCGUAGGAUCCUACCCUCACUCGCACUUUGGCACCCGCUCCCUCAAGCGCUACUCGGCCAACAGCUCCGCUUACAGCCAAUCCUACCAGUCCACCGUCUUUUCCGACAAUGGUAAUGGCCACCACUAUCGCCAGUGGAGCAACGUGUCUGACCGCCCCACUACGUCAGGCACCUCGGUUGCCGGCUCCUACCAUGACGAUGCCAAUGACCACGCUGACCUCGCUGCCGCCGUCGGCCUGCUGAGCUGCUCGUACGGCACCCCGAAGACGGGACCCGUUGCGCUCCCGCCGGACGUGCCACCCGUGCCCCCGCUACCAGCAAAGUAUUUUGACUUGAAUGCUCGUACCUUGUCAGGUAGUACCACCGUCACCGCGCAGCAGUCGAGUAUGCGCAACAGCUACCGCUACCACAGCGAGAGCAAGGACGUCGACAUGGAUGACGAUCACUUCGCCGACGAGGAGGACUACCGUUACUCCAACUCGCGCAGCCGUGGCCGUAUCGACGAGGACGACGACGAAAUCUUCGGACGGAUGGAGGAGUAG